AUUUUUAAGUAACAGUUCUGAGUAUAAAUAGGCGUCUCGCCCCACGUGAUCCCCUUUCCGCUGGAAAACGCCAAGAUGGACGCCAGUCGCGUGCAGCCGAUAAAGCUCGCUAGAGUGACGAAGGUUCUUGGAAGAACCGGGUCCCAGGGCCAGUGCACCCAGGUGCGGGUUGAAUUUAUGGACGACAGCAACCGAUCUAUCAUCCGUAACGUGAAGGGUCCGGUCCGAGAGGGAGACGUGCUGACCCUGCUGGAGUCGGAGAGAGAGGCCCGGAGGCUGCGUUAGUCCAAAGACAGAAGAAGCGAAACAUCAGUCAAAGAGAAGACUUAGUGUCUGGAAUGUCUUUUUUGACAAUAAAAUAUUAAACUGUU